AAGAAUCGUGUGGCCACACAGUGCCGCUACUUGGGCUUUCGCGAGCACAUUUAUACCGGAAGAGAAGGAACUGUGGGCAAGUGCCACGCGGCAGCGGAAUGGACCUUUGGAACCAUCUACCAGCGAUUUUUGAGCGGUAUGGGUACACGAAUGCACUACGGGCAUCCCGAUUUUGUCGAUGGAUUUUGGGCCAGAAACCGCGGAGGAAUGAGUAAAGGCUCUCCCGUGGUGAACCUCAGCGAGGACAUUUUUGCAGGUUACAACGUCCACAUGCGUGAGGAAGCAUCACCGCAUGUGGACGCUCUGGAAUUUGAGAAAGGCAGAGAGGC